AUGGCACCAAGCAGGACAUCGCCCCCAAACGACACCUCGGCCGAUGGCCCCACCCCCGGAAAGAGUAUCUGGACGAUCGAAAGCAUCCCCGGAAAAGGAAAGGGGGUAAUGGCCGCCAUCGAUAUCAAGCCUGGCAAGCUUCUUAUAAGCGAAACCCCUUUAUUAACAACCGAAUGUAUCACCUCGAUGGAAUCCACCGAAAAGGACAUAGCGCAGGCACUGCGCGCCCUCCCAAAAGACUCCCAGCGAGCAUUUCUGUCGCUGCAUAACAACUACCCCGGCAAGAACCCGCUCAGCAACAUCAUCCGCUCAAAUGGCUACCCCCUUGGACCCGGAUCUGAGGUCGGGGGCGUCUUUGCAAAUAUUUCGCGUGUGAACCAUAGCUGUCGGCCUAAUGCUGUGCAUGCGUGGAAUCCACUGCUUACCGUGGAAACUGUAUAUGCAGUCAGGCUGAUCAAGGCAGGGGAGGAAAUCACAUUGAGUUACCAUGCUGGCGGCCCUUCCACUACCCGUAAGGAGAUUCUGAAAGAGGGGUUCGGGUUCGAUUGCACGUGUGAGAUUUGCUCUCUUCCUCCAGCAGAAUUGAAAGCAAGUGAUAGCCGUCUCAUCCGUGCUCAAACUCUUGAUUCUACUAUCGGCGACCCGGAGAGUGUGCGGUACUCUCCUGACAAGGUCUUGAAGAACUGCAAGACGCUGAUGGGUAUUUAUGAAGAGGAAGGAAUCAAAGACGAUCGAUUGACUAGGUUGUAUUUUGAUGCGUUCCAGGUGGUGAACAUGCAUGGGGACCAGGCUCGGGCAAGUGUAUGGGCUAGGAGGUAUUGUGAGGAGAAGAAGAGAAGUGCUGGGCGGGAUAGCAUCGAUUUAUUGGAGAUGAUGCCGUUUGUGAAGAAUCCGUCUAAGCAUGACAGCUUUGGGUCUACCAACGAUUGGAAAACGGGGGUGAAGGAUGUACCGAAAGAUUUGGACAAGGAAGCUUUCGAGGAGUGGCUGUGGAAGGAGCAAGUUUAA